UUAGACGAGUGUUGUCAUUCAAAGUCUGUCUUCAAAAACUUAACAGUCAAGCCAGAGAAUGUCUAAAGCUUUAAGGUCUUUCUUUUGAACCCCGUAAAAUAGAUUAUACUGUGUGUGUGCUCGUGCGCGCGCCCCGCUCGUGCGUCACCGUCAGCUCCUCAGUCGCGUGAGUUUUUGUUGUCAGUCCCGCGCGCGACACUUUACCUGAGAGGAAUUAUUAAAAACACGGAGGAAAAUAUAAACUUUAUUUUGUGGAUAAGAUUCUGUGUGUGUGUGUGUGUGUGUGUGUAAGAUCAGACGCGAUGCAGCAGAACGCGCCGCAGACCAACGCGGAUCCAGCGGAUGUGUUCGUGAAGCGCCGGCGGACGGCUCUCUGGUGUUCCGUGUCUCUGUUCGGACUCUCGGUUCUGGUUCUGGUGGUCGGGCUCCUGUCGGCCACACACACGGAUAACGUGGCCGUGUCUGGAUACUAUCCCGGGAUUAUACUGAGCUUCGGAGCGUUCCUGGGAGUCGUCGGUCUGAACCUGGUGGAGAAUCGCAGGCCGAUGCUGGUGGCGUCCAUCAUCUUCAUCAGUCUCGGCGUGGUGUCGUGCUUCCUCUGCUCCAUCAUCGACGGCAUCAUCGCGGCCGAGUUCAUCGACAGGAGGCCGCUGAUGGAGGGCCGCUGUGAGUUUUACUCCAGCUCUUCUUACUCCUACGACAGCUACUACACUGAGGUUCACUGUAAUUCCUACGGUAACCCGUGUAAACUGAAGGUGAAGACCAACACCUGCUAUUGCUGUGACUUAUACCACUGCGACAGCGUGGACUACAGCGGUCACUACUACGCGUUCACGGGCGUCAGCAGCUGCUGGGACGUGGUGAAUCUGUACCGUCUGAUGUGGGCUUGUGUGACGCUCAACAUUCUCGGUGUGUUUCUGGGAAUCAUCACCGCUGCCGUACUGGGAGCCUUCAAAGACCUGGCUCCUGUGGCUCACAGUCACAUGACACCCAGUCCGGCUCCGCCCCCUCAUAUCCUGUACAAUCCCAGUCAGCACAUGAUCUCCUACACCGGCUUCUGCCCGUCAGGACAAACGCUCCCCGCGUACCCCAACUACUCUCUGCCCAUGCAGCAUCUGAACGGUUACCCGGCUCCAUCCGCAGCUCCUCCCACCCCCGAGGUCUCAAACUCCCCGUCCAAUGAGACUCCACCGGCGACACAGAGCGGGACGAACCCGACCGGACCGACCCAAACCCAGUCUCAGGACACCAGUGCAUACAUGCUGACUCCAAACGCUCCCUCGCUCUACGCUCACUCCUUAGGGCCCUUCGAGAAGCCUCCUCCCUACGCCUGCUGAAACACCUCUGACCCGUAAAGAUCUACGUGACCAUCGCCGCUAAUUACCUCUGUAAUCGUCAGUGUUUCUCGUAGCAAAUGUGAUCGAUGUUGUUCUUUGGUAGUUUCCAAAACCAUGUUUAACCCUCAUCCUUCCCUCAUGGGUCACCACGACCCGAAGCCCUAAAAUUAGACUUUAUUUUUUUUCCAGAAAGCUUAUUUUAUUUCAUUUUGAUAUUAUUUUUUUCUAUUUUUUUGGAUGCAAUA